AUGGCCGAGGUGGACCAACUGCCCACCUUUGGCGCUGAGUUGAAGGAUGGGUUCAAGCCAGCGAGCGCCUGGGUAGGCCAUGGCAUCGGCUGGCUCGAGGAUAUCCAGCAGUUUUACCGAGAACGGUCCCUCAUUGAGAAAGAAUACAGCGCCAAGCUCAGUGCCUUGGCAAAGAAGUACUUUGAAAAGAAGAACAAAAAGGCCUCCCCGUUGAGUGUUGGUGAUACCCCGAGCAUGACGCCUGGCUCGUUGGAAAGUGCCUCACUGACAACGUGGUCUACCCAACUGACUACUCUCGAGUCUCGCGCCGCAGAGCACGACAAAUACGCCAGUCUCCUCGUCUCGCAGGUGGCCGAACCCCUAAAACACCACGGCGCACGCUUCGAAGAGCUUCGCAAGAAGCACGCGGAAUACGCGGACAAGCUCGCCGCCGAGCGCGACUCGUCGUACGGCGACCUCCGCAAAGUCAAGGCAAAGUACGACGCCGUGUGCCAGGAAGUGGAAACGCGGCGCAAAAAGUCGGAAUCGCACUACGACAAGGCCAAAGCCCAGAGCGCCUACCAGCAGCAAAUCUGCGAGAUGAACAAUGUCAAAAACAGCUACCUCGUUGCCAUCAACGUCACCAACAAGCUCAAGGAAAAGUACUACCACGAGUACGUCCCCGAGCUCAUGAACAGCCUGCAGCAUCUGAGCGAGUUCAAGACGUCCAAGCUGAACGGGCUCUGGGCGCUGGCGAGCCAGCUCGAGGGGAGCAUGCUGCGGGAUAGCCAGGCCAUGGUGGAGCACCUGGGCCACGAGGUGACGAGAAACUUGCCGCACCUCGACUCCGUCAUGUACAUGCGGCACAACAUGGGCACCUUCCAGGAGCCCCCCGACAAGGAGUUCGAGCCCAGCCCGGUGUGGCACGACGACGCCGCCAUGGUGGUGGACGAGACGGCCAAGAUUUACCUGCGAAACGUGCUCAGCAAGUCCAAGUCGCAGCUGGGGGAGCUGCGGCGCGAGGUGGACAAGAAGCGACGAGACGUCGACUCGGCCAAGACGUUGCAGCGGCGGGCUCGAGCCGGAUCCGAAGCCAAGGACCAGUUCGAGGCGGCGCGCUCGUUGCUCGCCAUGCAGGAAGACCUGCACUCGCUGGACCGCCAACGGCUGACGGCCGAGGUCGAGACGGGCACCAUCACGGCCGUCGUCGGCGACGUCACCCUGGGGGCCAAGAACCACAACUUCAAGAGCCAAAUGUUCAAGAUACCCACAAACUGCGACCUGUGCGGGGAGCGCAUCUGGGGCCUGAGCGCCAAAGGCUUCGACUGCAGGGACUGCGGCUACACGUGCCACGGCAAAUGCGAGAUGAAGGUGCCGGCCGACUGCCCCGGCGAGCAGACCAAGGAAGAGCGGAAGAAGCUCAAGGCCGAGCGCCAGGAAGCCGCCAACCGGCUGGUCGCGCCAAGCCCGGCCGCGCCGGCCCACGUCGCGGACACCCCCCCCGACCUGUCGAGGUCAAACACCAUGACGUCGCUCAGCCUGCACUCGGCGAGGAGGUCCGUGUCUGGGCCUGGACCGGGAAUCGCCGGCGACUCGGACGCGGGCGACUCGCCGUCAGCAGCCAAACCCGCGACGAGCACCCGCAAAAGAAUGGCAGCUCCGCCACCGGCAGCCUACAUCAGCGAGAUGCCGGGCGGCGGCGGGCUCGACGGAAGCGCCGACGCGGAGGACAUGAAGAGAGGCAGGAUGCUGUACGCGUUUGACGCCAACGGCGACGGAGAGCUGUCGGUUGCCGAAGGCAAGGAAGUGAUUUUGCUAGAGCCCGAUGACGGCUCCGGCUGGGUCAAGGUCCGCGCCGGCCACAAAGAGGGCGUCGUGCCGGCCACAUACGUCGACCUGAGCACCUCUCCAGCCUGCGCGCCCGCCCGCCCCGAGUCGACCUACUCCAACUCGACGGCGUCUUCCGCAGCACCGUCGGCAGGCGCGGCGGGCAAGAAGAAGGGCCCGGCGGUGGCGCCCCGGCGCGGCGCCAAGAAACUCAAGUACGUGGAGGCGCUGUACGAGUACGCGGCGCAGAGCGCCGACGAGCACUCCAUGGCCGAGGGCGAGCGUUUUCUCCUCGUCAGGGCGGACCCGGGCGACGGGUGGGUGGAGGUGGAAAAGGCGGGCGUGACGGGCAGCGUGCCAGCCUCGUACGUGCAGGCCGUGUAG